GAGAGAAGUUGUGUCGUGUCCCAAAGAGAUGCUCGCAGUGUCGAGCAUCUCAUUGACUACAUUGACUCCGCCAGGCGCUCACAUACAGAUCCAGUGGUGUAGGAGACUAGUGCUUUUUUCUUUCAUGGAAAUCAUAAAUGAUUGUAAAUUACGCGUUAUCUCAUUUAUAAUUGUUGGACACGAAAUCAUAGUGGGCCUACCGGCAAAUAACUGUAAAAAGUGAUUUGCUCCGGGUUUGUGCGCGCCAGGGUUACUUCAACGUGGACCUGUUGCGCGUUUGCUUCAGUAGCCGAGUUUGCUGGGCUGUGAGCUGGACUUCACUGGACUAAAUUGCGUCAGUGACUUGUGGAAUCUAGCGGGAUCUGAUGGUUUAACGCUGUUUAACAACCGCAGCGCCGCCUGCCAGAACACCUCGGAGUGCGGGGCAACAACACCGGAUGAUGUCUUAUCAUCUUAAAUGACUUUUUCUCCCCUUUACUCUCGCUUUUAAAACAACUUUCCAAGCUUAUCCCGUCGCUGAUUCCAACAUGACAUGGUUCAAUUUGCCAGGUCGGGAAUUGAUUGACUUCUAGGGCUAUUUGAGUGUGCGUGGACAUGGACCAGCCGCAACCUUCAGUGGUUUAAGCAGCGCUCGCCCGGGGAGCUACGAUGCGGGCUCUGGGAGCCUUCCUUCAGUCCUGCCUCGUCCUGCUGAUCCGGGCCGAUCACUGGAGGCUCAAGGACUCCGCCAACUGCGAGCUGAAUAGGAAACAAACCGACCUCAACUCCUUCCUCUGGACCAUCAAGCGUGACCCCCCUUCCUACUUCUACGGCACCAUCCACGUGCCCUACACCCGCGUGUGGGACUUCAUCCCCGAGAACUCCAAGCAGGCCUUCCAGGAGAGCAACAUUGUGUACUUUGAGCUGGACCUCACCGACCCCUACACCAUCUCGGCUCUGACCAGCUGCCAGCUGCUGCCGCAGGGGGAGAACCUCCAGGACGUCCUGCCCCGGGACAUCUACAGGCGUCUCAAGAGGCACCUGGAGUACGUGAAGCUCAUGAUGCCCUCGUGGAUGACGCCAGACCAACGGGGGAAGGGCCUGUACGCCGACUACCUGUUCAACGCCAUCGCGGGCAACUGGGAGCGCAAGCGGCCCGUGUGGGUGAUGCUGAUGGUGAACUCGCUGACGGAGGCCGACAUCAAGACGCGGGGCGUGCCCGUGCUGGACCUCUACCUGGCCCAGGAGGCGGAACGGAUGAGGAAGAGGACAGGCGCGGUGGAGAAGGUGGAGGAGCAGUGCCACCCGCUCAACGGACUCAAUUUCUCACAGGUGAUCUUUGCGCUGAACCAGACCCUGCUGCAGCAGGAGUCCCUGCGCGCCGGCAGCCUGCAGGUGCCCUACACCACCGAUGACCUCAUCAAGCACUACAACUGUGGAGACCUCAACUCCAUCAUCUUCAACCACGACACCUCCCAGGUGCCCAACUUCAACAACGUGACGCUGCCGCCCAGCGAGCAGGUCACGGCCCAGGAGAUCGACAGCUACUUCCGGCAGGAGCUCAUCUACAAGAGGAACGAGAGGAUGGGCCGCCGGGUGCGGGCCAUGAUGGAGGAGCACCCCGACAAGAGCUUCUUCUUCGCCUUCGGAGCAGGUGGGUUCACUGGGGGACCGCGUGGGGGGACUUUUAUUUUGAAGUCGUGCCUUUUCUUUGCCUUUUCUCAAAGGAAGACGGAAUGACGUAAAUGUGUGACGCAAUGGAGGAAAUCUCUGUGAAAUUCGACGAC